AUGUGCUAUUACAGCAACUACUAUGGUGGCCUGGGCUGUGGCUACCGUGGCCUGGGCUGGGGCUACGGUGGGUAUGGAUUUGGCUGCUACCGCCCAUCUUGCUGUGGCAGAUACUGGUCCUAUGGAUUCUACUGA